AUGGCACAGCAAAGCGCUUUGAAAGCGAUCGGACGCUUUGCGUCUUGUGAUGUCGCCGACGCUUUAGUCAAACUCGGUCAUCCAUACGGAGGUUACAUGCACGGCAUCAGGAUGUUCUCGCCCGUUGCACAAGGCGGAGAUACCAAGAUUUUCGGACCUGCUUACACAGUGCUCAUGGUCGACGCAGCGGACAAGAGUUCGCCGACGCCAUCGUCGCACUUCGUGGACAACAUACCGGAUGGUAGCGUGGUAAUGAUAUCUCAGCCUCGCUCACUUUUCACCGCUUGCUGGGGUGGCUUAAUGGCUACUCGUGCCCAGAAGCUCGGGGCGAAAGGCAUCGUUAUCGACGGUAACUUUCGCGAUAUCAAUGAGCAUCGCGAGCUAGGCAUGCCAAUGUUCGCUCGUGCAAUAGCUGCCUCAGGGUCUGCAUCCUUCACUCGCAGUGCUGCGUUCAAUGUGCCAAUACACUUCACGUCAGAGACGCAAUUGCGGCCGUUGACCAUCAAGCCUGGCGAUUAUAUCCUUGCAGAUGCCGACGGUGUUGUGGCCGUGCCGCCUGAGAAAGCUGAGGAAUGCCUAAAGCUGGUCGAAGAGAGAGCACGCAUUGAUGAGCAGACUCUGGCCGCUCUGAAGGCUGGUGAGCCUAUGGGUCCCGUGAUUGCUCGUCUGCGAAAGUAG